AUGGCUCGUGUCCACUUGUUCUCUACAAGCUCACCGCAUCAACGCAAGCAUUCGCCCGAGUACCAAUUAGAAGAACCCUCUGAUAACAUCACUAUUGCUGCCACACCAAAAGAAGAUUACAAUGAAUUAACCUCAAACAAUGCUGCUCUGACUGCUGCAUUGUUGCAAAACGCGCAUGAAAGUAAUGAUGUGGUAGAAGGGAAGCCAGAAGUACCAUUGGAUCAAGCAGCAGCAGCCACUGCACUCCAGUUAUUGGGACUCUCUCAUCCUGAAAAGGAUAAAGAGACAAAACAAGAUUCGACAUCAACAGAGAUGAUAGGCAAUUACACUAACCACCUUGAGGAGAUUGACUUGAACAGUGAAGAUAUGAUUCAGGACUAUAAGCGAGGUACAUGGACAAGAGAAGAGGAUGAAUUGUUGCUGGCUGGUAUCAAGAAAUUUGGUUAUGGUCGAUGGAAAGAGAUUGCAACUACUAUUCCAGGCCGUAAAGGAAAGCAAUUGAAACAGAGAUGGGACAAUACAUUAGCAGCAAAAUAUGUUGAUCAAGAAUGGCUCAAAAAUAAAAUUCGCAGUGAUGAAGAAAAUACAAUCCAUAAGCAACAACAAGUAGCAGAGGAUAAGGCCAUUAAAUUCUUAGAAGCAACAGAUUGGAAUGAUAUUGCAUUGAAGAUUACUGAGAAAGCAAGAGAAGGCAAUCAGCAUGCCAUUGAAGCACUUUUGUCUCAAGCCUUAUUGGGCACAGUGGCUAAUCAUACAGUCAAUAGCACUAACACAGCUAGUUCAUCUCAGCAGCCACCUCUUCAUUCUACACCUUCAGCCAAUAUAACCCUGCCAAACAACAAUACAGAUACAGCUAAUACAACAGCAACAUCUAGUACAGCAACCAAUGAUGCCCUCAACCUAAACUUUGCUCGAUCCCAUCUUGAUCCUAGUCACUCUACAUUGAAUUAUGCAGAUGCAGCUGCUUUAGCCUUGUAUGCAACACAGUUAUCACAGCAUAAUUCAAAUGCAGCAAGUGCACUUCCUUAUUUCAUGGCCAAUCCAUUUCAAAAUAACGAUACAAACGCUGUUGCAGCCGCAGCCGCAGCCGCCGUGGCAGCAGCAGCAGCAGCAGCAGCACAACAGCAACAGCAACAUCAACAGCAACAUCAACAACAUCAACAACAACAGCAGCAGCAGCAGCAACAACAACAACAGCAACAAAGGCGUCGCUCUGAUCCUGCCUUGGCAGACACUCAAAGUGCAGCUAUGUCUAUCUAUGCUUCAGCGACACCCAUUACAACCACUGUGAAUGAUGAAACACAGACAGUUUAUCCUUGUUUAUUCCCUAACUGUGGAAAGACAUUUGCAAGACUUUAUAAUCUCAAAAGCCACUCACGAACACAUACAGACGACCGACCUUUUGUUUGCCAUGCUUGUUCAGCUGCUUUCAGUCGAAACCAUGAUUUGAAGCGACACUCCAAAAUUCAUGGUGGCGAUAAGCCCUAUAAAUGUCAAGGAUGUCAAAAGAGUUUUUCAAGAUUGGAUGCCUUGAAAAGACACAAGAGUAAUCAAAGAAACAAGCAAGGUUGUGCUAAUGUUUGA